GUGGGCAGUGAGGAGGGCAGAGGCGCGUCUUCUUUAAGAGCGCGUCCUCCGACUCGCUGCCAUUUCAAGCUUGUCGCAUCCAAGCUCGUCACCACUUAACCGACUAUUACAAUUCAUCGCACGUUACAGUCGCCCGGUCGAAUGUGAUGGCGUCCGUUACGUUAGGACAACACCCGCCUCAGCAUCACCUUGAUUCAGAGAAGCUGUUCUUCCGCAAAAUAGCGAACGAGGGGAAGAAAUUAAUGCGCAAACAGUCACGGGAGAAAAUGACGCGUGAGCGCGCGGCGGUUGCUGCGACAGGAGAAGCAGCUCUGGGAUUGCCGUUAAACAACCGACCAUCCUUAGACACGGCAAAAGGGACAACAUUAGAGAUGUGCGACGGCAGUGAUGCUGAACCGCCACGUAGUACGGACAGGACGGCGGACGCGGACAGAGUCCCUGCGGCGCAGUGUGCACUGGAAUGCGCGUGUAGCGACGCGGCACAGGCGCAGACGCGCAGCCUCGCCGACGCACAGAACGCGAACGCGAACAACGCGUACGGCAUCAUCAGAAAUUUCAAUCGGAGAAGCUCGGCGAAAAAUAUCAACGAACUGUCACCUCGGUCAGGGAGCAAAGGUGUAAAGUUCAGAUCCUUGUCCGCAGACGGAGACACGUUAGAAGGAAUUCAGCUCGAGCGGCUCACGCAGGGCAGACGAGGCGUCGUGAAGCUUUUGCCGACUGGACAACAGAGAAGACAAGCAUGGUCAAUUUUCGAUCAAGAUGAGGCCAGAGAGAAGGAAGAAAAAGGUGCAGGCCACCGCUUCAUCGCUUUCAGGGUCACACAGGACUGGUGCGACGCCUGCAACCGGCGGAUCGAGAGCAUGGCGUAUCGGUGCGAAUACUGCAGUUACACUUGUCAUCUACAAUGUGAGAACCAUGUUCAGCUCGACUGUAACCAGGGAAAUGGGCAGAAAGAGGAGACGCCCACAGCCUCCCCCUGCAGGACAUAUUCUACAGCACCUCCAGCGAAGAAUACCACUAAAGAGGAUGAAGAGGAGAAGCAACAGUCCCUCACCGAGGAAGAGGUCAAGGCAAAGAUAGAGGAGUACAACUCUCAAGUGACCGAAAAUGGAAUGAAAUUAGCUGCUGAUGGCACAUACAACGGGUUCAUUAAGGUCCACCUGAAACUGCGGCGGCCGGUCACACUGCUAUCAAACGACACAAACAGCUCAUGGAACUCGGAGAACAGCUCAGCGGCGGCCGACAUUACAGACAAACGCACAUCCUUCUAUCUGCCCAGUGAAGCUGUCAAGCAGCUCCAUGUCAGCAGCACCACCACGGUCAAAGAGGUCAUCGAGGGCCUGCUCCGGAAGUUCAUGGUGCAAGACAAUCCACUCAAGUUUGCUCUCUACAAGCAAAUGCACCGCCAUGGACAGGAUCUUUUGCAGAAGCUUCCAGAUUCUGAGCACCCUCUGCUCCUUCGCUUGCUGGCGGGUCCUGAUUUGGAGAAGCUCUCGUUCGUACUGAAAGAAAACGAGACAGGAGAAGUAGAGUGGCACGCAUUCUCCGUGCCCGAGCUGCAGAACUUCCUGGCCAUUCUGAAGAAGGAGGAAAGGGAAAGGGUGAAGCAGGUAGAGCUGCGCUACACGACCUAUCGUACGAAACUCAUCGAGGCUCUGGAGGAAGUGCAGAAAAAACCUGGCUAAUGCACCUAGCCUAUGGACAGACUCAUAAAAAACUCUCCACUUAGGAUUCCCUCAAAACCCCCACCAGACCUCCCUCCUGACCUCUGAAACCUAACAAAGUGACCAGAGCAGGUGUGUGAGGGAGUGUCAGGACUUAAAGAACAAGGGGAGAGUGAUGGAUCACACAAUCACGUCACUCGGGACGCAAAACGGCACACGUGCGAUGAUCCAGGAGUGUGAUUCUGACUGACGUGGUUGAUGUUUGAGAAGGAUUUUUUUUUCUUGUCUGUCCACAUUUCUGUAUGAUGCUGCUGCUAUGACUGCUACUGCGAGUGUUACUUAGCAUGACUUUCUUUUUCGUUAUCUAUGCUAGCGUGUCCUCCAUCAGGGAUUUUUUUUAAAGUAGACAAAGGAACUUUAUGGGGGGGAAAAAACAACCAUUAAUGCUAUAAAUAUUCCACAUUCCUGGAAGUGAACUUAAGUAAGUGAAUAAAUGUAAAAGCUUAAGAUAAGUCUAGGUUAAAGACCUGGCUCUUGUGCUGUAAAGAAAUCAAUAUGCACUCACACUCACUUGCAUUUCACAGCAUCAUUUGUAUCUUAACUAAUACCAUUAUGAACAACGUACUGUAUUCAGACAGACUUUCUGUACAAAUCAAUACGCCAUUUGCUGAAAGCAUCCUCUCUUCUAGUCACACACCUUUCAAAUCAAUAACCUCGACAUGUCUCUCAGUAGCCAACACUGCAUAUUCAAUACAUCCAAUCAGCACUGAUCAUAGCCUAAUCAUCCAUAUACAUGCAUGUGUACAUUUGGAAAGACGUGGAGGCUUUUUCAGUCUAAUCUAUAAGCGUUAUAAAUUAGUCUGGACAGAUAUAAAUUAUAAGCAUGUUGGAACGCAGGCGUCUCAAACCAAACCCUACGGAAAUGUGAAACGGCUAUAGCAUACAUGUAGAGUGUAUAGUGACUGUGUGUGUGAGUGUGAGUGUGUUUUUUUGUAAAAAAAAAAAAAAAAAAGUGUGUUUCUGUUUCUGGCGUGAUAUGAAAGCAUAUAGAAGCGCCCAGCCUCAGCACACACCCAUCACACAACUCAGAGCUUUCCCACAAACUGUUGCAUCUUGGUAAAUCAGUGUGUCUGAAAUCUAAUAUGUAGGAUGUAUGAUAUAUAAUGUACUGUAGCCUAGAUAAUCAUAUCAGAUCAUCAGCUAAGUGGGCAAAGCAAGGCUGUGGGCUGUAUUUUUAUAAGCUGAGAAACACCUUAAGGCUUUUCACACGGAGCUGAAUCCUGGGUUAUUGUCGUUUUGAUCUCUGCUUCGAACCCCGGCUAGAGGAACGUUUCAUACUGGAAAUUUAGAUGCUGGAAGUUGUAUAUCAACUACACAACAUCCUUAAAAAGGCCCAAAAGCUUGGCAUUGUUUUUAAUUAUAUUCACUAAUUAUUUUUAUUUUAGACCAAAUUCUUAAAGACCAGUGAAAAGCCUGAUGUGAAAGUAGGCACAUGCUAAAUUUAUCAAAUCAUCAUUGUUGAUGGCGCAAAUAUGCAGAUAAGAAGGUUAACCUGGGCUUUAUGGAUGUAUAAUAUGAAGCGCCAGAUUAUUUAAUCAGCCAGACUUAAUUGUAAACCCCUGGUAAAGUAUAAACAGUGUGAAACGUCAAAUGAAAUAACCCAGGAUUCUUUUACCUGGAGUUUACAAUGACUCAGGGAAAGUAUUUCAAGUGUGAAAAGCCCUAAUAAUGGAUUUUACACCAAAGUUUAAAAUAAGGGACAAAUAAGCCUAGUAUUUUGCAAUGAAUGAAGCAGUGCAUUGUAGAUUGCACAAGGCAGAAAAGACCACAAAGUGGUGAGCCAAAAUAUAUAUAUAUAUAUAUAUAUAUAUAUAUAUAUAUAUAUAUAUAUAUAUAUAUAUAUAUAUAUAUAUAUAUAUAUA